AACAUCUAUUUUUAGAUUGAGAAUUGCAAUUAUGCAGUAGAACUCGGGAAGACAAAAGCCAAAUUCUCCCUGGUUGGUAUUGCUGGACAAGAUCUAAAUGAGGGUAAUCCAACUCUGACUUUGGCUCUGGUGUGGCAGCUGAUGAGAAGGUAUACUCUGAACGUAUUAUCAGACCUUGGAGAGGGGGAAAAAGUAAAUGAUGAAAUUAUUAUUAAGUGGGUGAAUCAGACGCUUGCAAAGGCAAACAAGAAAACUUCAAUUACAAGUUUCAAGGACAAAUCAAUUAGCACUAGUUUACCUGUCCUAGAUUUAAUAGAUGCCAUUGCACCAAAAGCAGUUCGUCCAGAAAUGGUCAAGAGAGAAGAUCUUUCUGACGAAGACAAAUUGAAUAAUGCUAAGUAUGCCAUUUCAGUUGCUCGAAAAAUCGGUGCUCGUAUAUAUGCUCUCCCAGAUGAUCUGGUUGAAGUGAAGCCAAAAAUGGUGAUGACAGUGUUUGCAUGUUUGAUGGGAAGAGGACUGAACAGAAUAAAAUAAUGAAGAGAUGUAAUACAACUUUCUGCCAUGUUAAGCACGAUGAAUGCCUCAUAGUUUACACAGUUCUGAAGCUUAGUGUAAAGCAAGAAAAAUUGUAUGCACAAAUAUACUCAUUAAUUACCUUUUAAUAAUGUGUUUAUAUUGGUUAAACUUUUAUUCAAUUUCAUAACACAUUGAUUAUUUAUGGGUAAUACUGUAUUCAGAACAUGUUCAUUACCGAAUUAACAUCACAAAUUUGUAUUGCUUUAAAAAAACCCAGACCAUAUUAAUCAAGCUUCAUUUGUAUUAGUUUCCAUAGCAUUGUAAGAAUCUGCAUCAUUUUACAUGUUAUUUCAGGACCUAUUGUGAAACAUUGUUUGAUUUUUGUGAGUGUUACUUACUUGUAGUCACACGGGUCUCAAGGUGCAUUCCUGUCCUGUCCUAUUACUCCUAACCGCCCGAAAGUUAUCAUCCUUGCCUUAUUCUUUGAGAGCUUAACUCCUGUUGAGGCCAAUGACAGUCUUGCCAUUGACUUCGGUGAGAGCAAGAGAAGGCCUAUGAUAAUGUCUGGAAACUAAUUAAUACUGUUAAAGCUGAUGAAACCUUUCUGUGGGACUAACAUACGUAGUAGUUUUGUCCUGUUACUGAGCAGGAACUUCUAUGGUCUGUAUCUUAAUUAAAAACAGCAAAUAGUAAGCAGAAAUGUGAUCAUGUCAUUACUAGGUCUGCAUAUACAUUAGAUUUUGCAGUUGGACUAAA